ACUGUUGGACACAACAAAGGAACAAAAAUCAGAGAAGAAUCUCAAAGGAACUUUGGGAUGAGAAAUUUCAAGUAUAUAGAGACUAUCAAAGAGGCCCUUGAGAAUGAAUGUCCCGACACUGUUUCUUGUGCUGAUAUUGUUGCUCUCUCUGCUAGGGAUGGUAUUGUCAUGUUAGGAGGGCCACAGAUUGAAAUGAAAACUGGCAGGAGGGACAGCAAAGACAGCUACUUAGCAGAAGUUGAGAAUUUUAUUCCUAAUCACAAUGAUUCGAUGUCAUUAGUUCUUUCCCGAUUUCUGUCUAUUGGUGUUGAUACUCAAGGAACAGUUGCUCUACUUGGGGCGCACACAGUAGGACGAGUUCAUUGUGUAAACAUAGUACACAGACUUUACCCAACUGUUGAUCCAAUGUUAGACCCGGACUUUGCCAAUUACCUCAAGACCCGAUGCCCAAAUCCACAACCCGACCCCAAAGCAGUUGAAUACGCCAGAAACGACCAUGUAACUCCAAUGGUAUGGGACAAUUUAUACUACAAGAACAUUAUGAGCAACAAGGGGCUGUUAAUUGUGGACCAACAGUUGGUUUCAGAUAAAACUACUUAUCCUUUUGUGGAGAAAUUUGCGGCUAAUAAUUCCUAUUUGACCAGUUUGCUAACGCUCUGA